UGCAGACUUUUUAUCCUUGUUGAAGUCGUCACAGAAGGUGAAAGUAACGUUGUUUUUGGCACACAGCAUUGCCAUUUUAACCUCCGCAUUUAUGACCUGGUUAAUGUUGUAAUUGACCGGCAGACUACUGCAAGUUGUCGCGAGGCUACUGACAGUUCAGUUUGGCAGUUUCCCUGCCAAAACGGGAGACUUGACAGCUAUGGCUGAUUGUAUCCCAGAGUAAGGUACCACAUGUGGAGUGCAUUGUGGGUAAAAUUCUGAAAGUGAGCGAAAAUUCAGGUUCUCCUGCCGCUCUGCUCUGGGAAAGGCAGCCCCCCCCUCCACCACCUCUUUGCAGUGUCAUAGCCAGGGUCCUCUUUAUCUAGCACGUAAACACUGGCCUGUAUGUUCCUGUAGGUUGGGCUGGUCUGGUGUCUGUGUGUCUCCUCUUUUGGGUAUUACCCCUGCAUGUUCCCCAUUCAUUUCCUUCCUUUGUUUCUAGCUGACUUUUCUACCUAAACAGUCUUAUUCUCUCUCUUUCUCUCUCUCUCUCUCUCUCUCUCUCUCUCACACACACACACACACACACACACACACACACACACACACACACACACACACACCAGCGGGGGUUUCCACGCUACCUCUGCACCUGUUUUCUGAAAACGCUUUGCCCCGCCUAUCCCAUCUCCCCUCUCCCUGCCCGACCCAAAAGUGCCGACACAGUCUGGUGAGUCCUUGUUCCCCACCUCCCGCUGCCUCGGUGUCGUCGGUGUGGCGGUGAGGUGCGGUGCGGCGUGGAGCAUUCCGGCCAUGGUGCUGAGGGAGAAGCUGGAGGCAGUGCUGAACGUCGGCCUGCGGCUGCCCAGCGUCAUGCUUCUCGAGGUGCUGUACCGCUGGGACGUCGGCUCCUUCUUCCAGAAGGCGCAGAGGAGCAGCCUCAGCAACAGUCCACUCUUCCAGUACAGGUACCUGGCUCUGUACCUGCACUACAUCGGAUACAUCCUUAGUGUGGUUCUGCUCACACUGCCACGGCAGCGCCUGGUGCGGCUCUACCUGUACAUCCUCACUGCUCUGCUCCUGUUCGCCGGCCACCAGAUCUCCAGGGAUUAUGUCCGCAGUGAGCUGGAUUCUGGCUGCGAGGGGCCACUCUACCUGGAGCCUCUGUCUAUGCAUCGCUUCAUCACAGCCCUUGUGUGCCAGCUGGUGGUCUGCGCCCUGUGUUCCUGUAUCAUGCAGACCAAGCGUAUUUGGCUCUUCUCGGCUCACCUGCUCCCCCUGGUGGCUCGCCUGUGCCUGGUCCCGCUGGAGACCAUUGUCUUCAUCAAUCAAUUUGCCAUGAUCUUCACAGGCCUGGAGGUGUUCUACUUCUUAGCUUCCAACUUAUUGGUUCCCUACUACCUGGCCAAGACGGUGUAUCGUGAGCUAGUACAGGUGGUGGAGGUAUACGGUCUUCUAGCACUGGGGAUGUCCCUCUGGAACCAGCUGGUCCUGCCGGUGCUCUUCAUGUGCUUCUGGCUGGUGCUGUUCACCUUGCAGAUCUGCACAUACUUCAGCACCCGCGACCAGCCCACCUCACGUGAGAGGCUGCUAUUCCUCUUUCUCACCAGCAUUGCAGAAUGCUGCAGCACUCCCUACUCUCUCCUGGGCCUGGUCUUCACCGUGUCCUUUGCAGCCUUGGGCGUCCUCACCCUCUGCAAGUUCUACCUGCAGGGUUACCGUGCAUUCAUAAAUGACAACACCACGCACCGGGGUAUGACCGAGGGCGUCACGCUGCUGAUCCUGGCCGUGCAGACAGGCCUGAUCGAGCUGCAGGUCAUCCACCGGGCCUUCCUCCUCAGCAUCAUCCUCUUCAUCGUGGUGGCAUCCAUCCUGCAGUCCAUGCUGGAGAUCGCCGACCCCAUCGUGCUGGCACUGGGGGCCUCCCGGGACAAGAGCCUCUGGAAGCACUUCCGGGCGGUCAGCCUCUGCCUCUUCCUGCUGGUCUUCCCAGCCUACAUGGCCUACAUGAUCUGCCAGUUCUUCCACAUGGACUUCUGGCUUCUCAUCAUCAUCUCGUCCAGCAUCCUCACCUCGCUGCAGGUGCUGGGGACCCUGUUCAUCUACGUGCUGUUCAUGGUGGAGGAGUUCCGCAAGGAGCCCGUGGAGAACAUGGACGACAUCAUCUACUAUGUGAACGGCACCUACCGGCUGCUGGAGUUCCUGGUGGCCCUGUUCGUCGUGGCCUACGGCGUCUCCGAGACGGUCUUCGGCGAGUGGACAGUCAUGGGCUCCACCAUCAUCUUCGUCCACUCCUACUACAACGUGUGGCUGCGCGCGCAGCUGGGAUGGCAGAGCUUCCUGCUGCGCAGAGAUGCUGUCAGCAAGAUAAGGAGCAUGCCCAUCGCCACCAAUGAGCAGCUAGAGCAGCACAACGACAUCUGUGCCAUCUGCUACCAGGAUAUGACAUCCGCCAUCAUCACCCCCUGCAACCAUGUCUUCCAUGCCGGCUGCCUGAAGAAGUGGCUGUAUGUGCAGGAGACCUGCCCACUCUGCCACAAUCAGCUGAAGGGCCUGCCCCCGCCUCCAGCGCCCCAGGACCCCCCACAACGUCCUCCUCUGCCACCAGCCAAUCGCAACCUGUUGGAGGCAGGAAUCCCUGAUGCAGAGCUCUGCUCUCUUGACGUAGCAGAGUGUACAGCUCGAAGAAGCAUGGGUUGCCCUGACCCUGACAUGCUGACUGAGCAGACUGCUCCCUGCUGUGCAGAGGUUCCUCUCCUCAUGCCCUGUGUCUUCUGCGCGAAUCUCGACUGUGCCCAACCACACAGUGAGGGGAGUGGGAGGGAGCUGAGCCCGGUUCCCACAGGAGGCCGGGGGGAGGUGUGUAGUGGACUCUCCCUGCAAUGCAGCCCCCCUGCUGUGCCAGACCAACCUAUAUCCCCCAGCAGUCUGGCUGUCACACUCACUGCAGAGCAGGAAGGCAGCAGGCUGAAAUGAAGGACCAGGCCUCAGUGGGUCACAUGCGCUCUCCUGUGUCACCGUGCCCAUUGGCGAUCUCCCUGCCCCGCCCACGUCGGCCCCACCCACAUAUACCAUGCCCACGUAGGCCCCACCCGCAUGGGCCCUGCCCCCAUCAGCCCCA